AUGGUCAAGCUAGCACUUGUCGAUCGAUGUCAACUAUAUGUUGAAUAUCAGAUCCCGCUAGAAGGAUUGAGCACAUACGUCUUAGCUUUAGACACCAAGAUCGGCAACCACGAAGGAAGCUUCCAACCUGGUGGAUACCGUUUUUCGUUGAGUGCUCGGAGCAUCGUUCUAGAACAGAAUAUUCUAUGCGCUGAGCUGAAGACUAGUGGAGGGGACUGGUGGUACGAUCAGCUCGAGGUGGUCGUUAAUGUUUCAACGGACCCUACACCAGUGAACGUCUCGAUCGAAUUUCGCCGAUGUGAUCAUAUUCGACUGCAGGGAUGCUACAAUCUCAGACUUAUAGAUCAGCGACUCCUCGCAGCCAAGUAUCUUGGACCAAAUGAAAAAGCCAAGGACAUGUAUAUUGACCUAAAGAAUUACCUCGGAGUCAAAAAUGGUGCUUUCGACAGAAAUGAGCGAAACUUCUCAAGCAGUGUUCAGAAUGCUUACAUGAUUGGCACCACUCUGUGUGCGACUCACAAUGACGGUCACCCAAUCUCGAUCGCAUUGUCCAGGGUGCUACGGUUGAAAGAUGGGUCAUUCUCGCCCCUCAGAGUGACGAAGAACGAGGAUCUGGACUAUGAAGUCCUGGCGGAUUCAUCAGAUAGGAGAUGGCUACCCAACGCGGAUGUUCCCAAACUAAUCAACUACAAGCAAAAGCGUGCAUGGUAUCUCAUCGCAAAUUGCCUCAAUUCACGUGGUUCAUAUCAGGAAUCGACCAUCAGACUCCAUGAUAUCAUUGGACCAGGCGAUGAUGAGAUGUUCACCUUUUUCUCUGAGAGGCCAAUACCCGAACAUGCACGCGAAACAAGAUUGAACAACGGGAUCUUAACUGCUAGCUUCAAUGUGGAUGAUGACAAAUGGAUUCAGAGAUCAUUUGAUUUAGCCGAAUUGGUGACUAAUGAAGGAGGCGAACUAGUUAAGUAA